CAAUUUUGUAUUUUAAGCCCACUUUGUCCUCGAUUCAAUUUUCAUCUAUAUUCCCCAUCCUUUGGCUCUCUCCAUUCCCUCAUCAUGCAUCAUCUACCACAGAACCGACGAUCGGCAUCCUAUCAGUCGACUUCUUUCAUAUCCGACAUGGCUCGUACGUGCUGGAAUAUUGUCAAAAAGAGUUUCGGCGAUGCGAAACGCGAUCUACGUCGCAUUUCAAAGCAAUCCUGGAUCUUAGGAUUUUUAUCCUUCGGAUUUGGAGCUUUGCUUGUUGCGCUUAUCCUUCCUUCUACCUUUAAUACCCUUUACGGGGAUGCGACCGAUCAGACUGCAUGCGUUCUGGAUGGAGAAUUCUCUCUUUUUCCAUUUUCUCGCUCAUUCUGGAGCGUCACCGGUUUUUUCGAUAUAUCUUUGUCAUUUGGGAAAUUGACAUUUGGUCAGGCUAAAAUAAUUGAUAUCAUAUGGGAUCUGGUCUUCGGUCGCGGUGGACAAGCUGUUUUGGCCUAUUUAAGUUGGCGGUCAUUUGCUCGUUAUAUGACCGCGACUAUGGAGCUAGAACCAGUGACCUUCAGCUCGUUUCGAGCUGUCUUCAUUGAGCAAACUCCAAGCAUUUACUCUAUCGGUCGCCUGAUACGUGAUUUUUCAACUCGGAAAAUCUUGCGCUCUAAACCAGCAAUGACAUUCAUAGUCACAAGCAUGAUAUUUGUACUUUCUUUUCCUACGCUUGCCAAUUCAAUGUCAGGGUACACUACUGCUGUCAGUGCUUCUAUCAAGGAUUAUAACGAAGACACAAUUCCCUUCAAAAAGUUUGAGCUGCUCAUUUUAAUCGUCCAUGAUGGAGACAGACUGAAUAAAUCAAAAGAUUAUGCGGUCACAUAUCAGUAUCAGUUUGGCGAUACACUACCGGAUGAAGCGCACUAUACCUUAAACUGGCUCCGUAGGUCGAGCAACUUCAACCAGAAUCCCCUAACAUACAUUGAAGAAUACGGAUCUACGCCUAAAAACAGUAGCUCUGUGUAUUACGACGUAACCAAAUCCUUCUACGACAUUGACGAAAGCAUCACUCUCGAUCCUCCCACUCUGAACAUCACUACGUAUUUCAACCUCACGCAAAACUUCAAGGAUCAAGGUCUGGUUUGGAUGUAUUCAGGUGACCAAUAUACGCAGGAAUAUAUAAGUGCAAAGGAACAUGGAUUCUGUCAAAGCACUGAGGACUAUCGAUGGGGAUUCUCAUUUAUUCAGUUUUUUAUCGUCAUGAUGCUGCUUCUUCUAUGGAGUGUCGGAACGUUGGCAAUGUAUAUGCACGCUAAACAUACGAUGCGAAGCCGUAACCGAACUGCUAUUGAUGGAGAACACAAAGCUAUCAUCAACCUCGCGAUAGCAAUGAAUCAAGAGCUAAGUCCUGAUCCCCUAUCAACAAAAACAGAAGACGAAAUCAAGGAGUUAGUGCGAGAUGUUCAUGGGGGUAGCAUCUCUUACUCUACGUCAAUACCUUUCGAGCAUCAGUCCAAACGCAGACGUUUCAUGGAGUGGAUUCGUAACAGGAAGUGGUUUCUUGCUUGGAUCGCCGUGAAACUGGUGAUUCUCGGACUCUUCCCAUUCUACAUUCUUGCAAUUGGCCCUUGUUUAAUGUAUGCAUUGCCUGGGUCAAUAGUUGGAGAUUUCGUCGUAUUACUUAUCGGUGCAACAUCAGGGAGCCGUUUUGUGCUUACUUUAGUCCCUACAUUUGUUUCCUUUCUUGUAUCAAUCGUCGUAUCAGUUAUUUGGGUAUAUUGA